ACUUGUUUCUUAGAUGUAAGUCGGAGACCUUUUCUUGGUGUCGGUUUUAAAGUGUCACAGCAUUCCUUAGUGGUCCGGGACCACGUGACACCGUUAAACCCGGAAGUAAUGUCACAACCGAUAGAUGUAGGGUCGUUGUUUUUAGGUGAAACAUGGAUGAGUAAACCUGGACAGUGACAUGACACUCAGAGCGGGAGGUGAGGUAAAACUUCAGCUAAGAUAAUGUAUCGAGAAACGCUUCUCUGCGGCAGCUACGUUCAGGUUGUUCUGCUCGGGUUGUUCUGCUGCAGUUGUGGGCUGGUCCCAGAUGUUUCUGCCUGUAAACAAGAACCGGAGACCCCGGACUGGAGGAUGACUCUGAGAACCAUCCGGAACGGGAUUCACAAAAUCGACACGUACCUGAACGUAGCACUGGACCUGUUCGGUGGAUAUGACGGACUCUGUCGUUACAGAUGCAGUGAUGGAUACAAGCCGAUGCCUCGUCCCGGCUACAGGCAUCCCCCACCCAAUGGAUGUGGUUCCCCGCUUUUUGGAUUUCAGUUUGAUUUGGGAAUCCCCUCCAUGACCAAAUGCUGCAACCAGCACGACCGCUGCUAUGACACCUGUGGUCGAGAGAAGCAUGACUGCGAUGAGCAGUUCCAGGACUGUCUGGAGACCAUUUGCAGGAAUGUGCAAAGGACUCUUGGAUUGGCCCAGAGUGUCCAAGCAUGUGAGUCUGCAGUGACCCUCCUGUUCGAUGCCGUCAUGCACCUGGGCUGCAAGCCGUACCUGGACAGUCAGCGGGAGGCCUGUGUGUGUCAGUAUGAGGUGAAGAAGGAGCUGUGACCGCACGGCAGACACAGAGACUCUGAAAUCUGGACGCCAGGAAUAAACUUUUCUUAAAACACUUAGAUUUUCUCAGGGACUAGAACUACUAGAGCUAAACUGUGCAAUGCAAAGUGAAUGUAAAAAAAUUCUUGUUUCUUUUAGGUGGUAGCUAAUAUUUGUCCCUAUGCAAUCCACUAUUUAUAGGUUUUGGUAAAUACUGUUUCAUUGAAGGUCCUGUGAUGGAAUGAAAACUGGUUCAGAUUUCAUUCAUGCUUUGACAUGACGCAAUAUUUUAACAAACAGCACAAAUAAAAGAGGUUUUUUACAAUGUUCAAGGGUCAGCUUACAAUCCAACACUAAGCAAUAAAGCACACAUCAGCAUUCUGCAACA